GCCAUGCACUCGCUCGGGGAGGAGAUCCGCAGCUUCUCGAGGGCCAACCUGCGGAAGCAGUGCACCAGGGUGACGACGCUGACGGGGAAGAGGAUCAUCGAGACGUGGCGCGGUGCGUGCGUGCAAGUGGUGGAGGAGACGGCGCCCGGCGAUGGCGGCGGCUGCGGCUACGUACCCGAUCUCAGCGCCGACCUGCAGGUCGGCGUCGUGCGGCCCUGGCUGCUGCUGGGGUCACAGGAUGCUGCUCAUGAUCUGGAGACAAUGAAGAAGCAUAAGGUUACCCAUGUUCUAAAUGUAGCAUACGGAGUUCAAAAUGCCUUCGUCGAUGACUUUGUAUACAAGAGCAUUUCUAUUCUGGAUCUCCCAGAAACUGAUAUCACCUCCUACUUCCCAGAAUGUUUUGAGUUUAUUGAGAAAGCCAAGAUCCAGGAUGGUGUGGUACUGGUUCACUGUAACGCAGGAGUCUCCCGUGCAGCAGCAAUAGUCAUCGGUUUUCUAAUGAAUUCAGAAGGACUCAAUUUUGCUAGAGCCUUUUCUUUGGUGAAAAAUGCAAGGCCUGCUGUGUGUCCAAAUGCUGGCUUCAUGGAGCAGCUUCACAAGUACCAAGAACACAAUAAAAAGGCAAAUGGAAGCAUAAAUGAUCAUGACUGAUCAAAAGUGAGAUGUUAAACAAUCUGUUUUGACUAUACAGUGACAGAUGUUGGAUACAC